ACGUAAUCAAAAUUUAAGAAAAGUUAAAGAAUAUACAUUUAGAAUGAUUAGUAAUCAGUCUGAUAUUUUCUUACUUAUUAUUCAAAUUUAUGAUUAUCUAUAUUAUUUGUUGUUUACAUUAAUUUCUUAAAUUUUGGAACUUAUUACAAAUAUGUUAACCAUAAGCUAUCUUAGCUAAAAAAUUAAUAUUAUAAUAUUAAAUUUACUAUUUCUUAAUUUUAAAUUUAGGCUAAAUAUUGCUGAAAAUUUUAUAAUCAAAAUAAAAAAUAAAUUAGAAUUUAAAAAAAAAAACAAGAUGAGAAAAAUUGCUUCUAUUCUAAUUCUUAUUUCUAUUGCUAUUUUUACAGCAAAUGCCUCAAAGUGUGAAGACGACCUUAUAACUUAGUUAAGGUUAGAAAAAGUUUGUUAGAAUACUGAUGCUGCUUGUAAUUCUGCAUUAGUUAAGCUCCUUGAAAGUUUAAGUAACUGUUACACAAAACAUAAUACUGAAUCUGUUGCUAGAAAUUGCUUUGUGACAAGUUGCAGUUAUAUUAGUAAUCAUAAUGUUAAAGAUUUUUACAACAAAAUGCUUGCCUGUGCUGACACACUUGUACCCAUCUGAUUGUUAUUUUGAUGAUUUAACAACACUAAAUUAGAAAUAAAUGAAUUUUAAAAUUGAAUAUUAUGAGUUAAUUAAAAUUAAUUGAGUUAUGAACUUGUUACAAUUUUUUUAUUGUUUGUA